AUGGAUAAAUACAUCAUUUCAUUCCUUGGACAUGGUUAUGUUUUGAGAGGUUCUUUUGGUGAUGCACCAAAAGGAAUUGAAAGUAUUCCACCAAUUUUUAAUGCUCCGUUGGGUAGCUCAUUGUCUCCGGUUGAUAUUUACACAAUUGUUAUGCAAAUCAACAGUACUCUUCAUCUUAGUGGUGAUGAUAAAAUUGAUGUUAGUGCAGUUUUAAAGCAACCUCGUUAUGUAUAUGACGAGAAAUUGAAUCAUACAUAUUAUAUUAAAAAAUUAGAAUGUCGUGUAUUUUUAGCUCUGGUUUAUGAAGGUUUGAAAUCCCAUAAAGAUAAAUUAAUUAAUGAAUUUAUAUCAAUGCUUACUGAUACGAUUUGUUUACAUAAAGUAGUCAAUCUGCUGAAACAGCACCGACAACAGUUCUCCUCAUCAUCACCAUCUACUGAUCGAAAAAGUUUACGGUCAUUUUUUUUUUCACUGAAUCUCCCUACCGUCCUUUUUUUAUCAAUCUCUAAUCGUUCUAGUCAGAUAAUUUCUACUUUCCAUUAA